AUGCCUCCCCAGGAGCUUCUGGAUUACGCGCCCGCCCUGCGGAGACACAGCCCGCCCCGGAGCAGCGGCCCGGAGCUGGGCAUCAAGUGCGUGCUGGUGGGCGAUGGCGCCGUGGGCAAGACCAGCCUGGUGGUCAGCUACACCACCAACGGGUACCCCGACGAGUACCAGCCCACCGCCCUCGACACCUUCUCCGUGCAGGUCCUUGUGGAUGGAGCCCCAGUCCGGAUUCAGCUGUGGGACACUGCUGGACAGGAGGACUUUGACUGUUUGCGCUCUCUUUGUUACCCUGACACCGACGUCUUCCUUGUCUGCUUCAGUGUGGUAAACCCAAGCUCGUUCCAAAAUAUUACUGAGAAGUGGAUUCCUGAGAUACGAACUCACAACCCCCGGGCACCGGUGCUGCUAGUGGGGACACAGGCAGACUUGCGGGACGAUGUCAAUGUCCUCAUCAGCCUGGAUCGCUACCAUGUGAAACCUGUGCCACGGCCUCAGGCAGAAGGUCUAGCUGACAAAAUCCGGGCUGAAGCCUACCUGGAAUGCUCAGCACUGACUCAAAAGAACCUCAAAGAAGUUUUUGACAUGGCCAUUGUCAGUGGUGUUGAGCACAAAGCCCGUCAGGAAAAGAAGAUGACCGCCAAAGGCAUCAAGACUCUCUCCAAGUGCCGCUGGAAGAAGUUCUUUUGCUUUGUCUGAAGCUGCUUUAAAGGAAGGGAAGAGAAACACCUCAUGCCAGUACUGGCUCUGCACCUUCUUGGAGUGACUGCUCCUAUGGCCCCAGCAAGGAGGGUAUGAUAAGCUGCUGGGCUUGGAAACCUGUCUCUUGCUGGGUACAGUAUCAGAUGCCUAGGAGACAUGAACUAGAUUGCCGUUGUGCCAAGAUGUAGAAUGGUCCAGGCAGCUAUAAUACCUGCUGGACAUGUCUGUAGUGUCACAGACUAAAGGGAGCCUUUAAUACAUGAAGACUCAGUACCCCAGAACAGGCAGGCUCCUUACAUUGUUCAAAAUGACCAGUUUCCUGUUUGAAGCUCAAACACUUUUGGAGUUCUGGUGAAGCAUAAUAAAUGUGGGGGACUUUUGAAAUCGGCCUGUGUUUUGGCUGAUUUACAGGCUUGGCAGAGAUUAGGGCAGGGGUGACUGCAAUGUGGUCAG